AUGUCGUGCAUGCUCAUGAAAUGUGAAACCAAGAGCAGCCGCGUGAAGGGCGUCGCCUUUCACCCUUCGCUGCAGUGGUGCUUGACAGCGUUGCACAAUGGAACCAUCCAACUGUGGGAUUAUCGUAUUGGAUCGCUUGUUGACCGAUUCGACGAGCAUGAAGUGCGCAUAUGGAACUGGCAGUCGCGCGUGUGUGUGGCUGUGCUGACUGGCCACACGCAUUACGUGAUGUGUGCUCGAUUUCAUCCGACGGAGGAUCUUGUGGUGUCUGCCUCUUUGGAUCAAACUCUGCGGCUAUGGGAUACAUCGGGUCUAAGAGAGCGAUCAGGUGGCAUGGCAGGGCCUGUGGGGAGAUCUGGCAGCAGAAGCAGUGCGCAUGCAGAUAUCUUCGCGGCUACCGAUGCCGUCUGCAAGUUCGUCCUAGAGGGCCAUGAGAGAGGCGUAAAUUGGGCAGCUUUUCAUCCGUCCUUGCCGCUGAUAGCCUCCGCUGCGGACGAUAAACUGAUCAAGCUCUGGAGGUACAAUGCUGUGAAGGCGUGGGAAGUGGAUACGCUGCGGGGGCACAGCAACAACGUGUCGUGCUUGGUUUUCCAUCCGCACCGAGACUUGCUGCUUUCCAACUCGGAGGACAGGAGCAUCCGCGUGUGGGAUGUCACGCGGCGAACUUGCCUGCACACUUUCCGAAGAGACACAGACAGAUUCUGGGUUCUGGCUGCUCAUCCGACUUCUGGAGCGCUUGCUGCAGGCCAUGAUGGCGGGCUUGUAGUGUUCAAGAUCGCCACUGAAAGGCCACCCUCGUGCAUGUGGACAGCGAGCGAGCUUGUUUUUGUCGCGGAAAGGCGCCUCUGCUGGAUCGACACCGCCGCAGUUCUAAGCCAGAAGUUGCACGAGCAGCAGGGUGGACCGCAGCAGCAGCAGGGAGUGCAGCAAUCGCAGCUGGAAGUGAUGCUCGCUGAGCUUCAGAGACCCCUGAACGCACUUGCAAGCGGUCCUAAGUAUAUCCUUUGCAACCCCCUCAACGCAGGAGAGCUGCAGACGGUUGCCGUCUAUGCAGAGGGUGAAGGACUGACAUACGACUUCUACUGCGGACCGCGAAGCGACGCGAGGGGUGCUCCCCCAGCGGCUAGCAGUCUUCUCCAAGUUGCGCAGACUGCCCCCUCGGUUCGUGCAUCUUCGCUUGCCGGUUCUUCUGGUGCCUCAUCAGUGGCAGACGCAGGACGGAUUGAGGCUCUCCCCGUGCAGACCGAGAAGAUCUUCUUUGCGGGUUCAAAUAAGCUUCUUCUUCUGGGGGAUGACAAGCUAUUUCUGUACGAUCUUCCAGUCCGCCGCCUCUCGCCGCCUUUGCAGCUGGCCCUUGGAGGGCCUGUGCGGACUGUUUCUUGGGAUGCUGAAAUGCGAUUUCUGGCUCUUACUUCGAAGCAUGCAGUAAUUCUUCUUCGCGCAGAUUUCGGUGCCCUCUCCUCAGCAGCUCCCCCCGCUCCCCAGACAGAGGCGGCAGCCUCGCACGCAGAGGCAACCCCAGGCCGGAGCAUGCAGCCAGUCUUUAAAAUCCUCACCUCAGUGCAUGAAAACAUUCGCGUCAAGGGAGGCGUGUGGGAUGCAGAACUCGGGGGCUUCAUUUAUGCGACGCUCUCCAAUGUCAAGUUCUGCCUGCCCAGCGGUGACAGAGGAAUCAUCUGCAGCCUCUCGGAGUCGAUAUAUGUAGUCAAAGUGAGUCAGCAGCACCUGAUGUACUUGGACCGUCGAAGUCAGCUUCUUUGCAAGCCUCUGGCCUCAAACGAAUAUCUCUUCAAGGUUGCUCUCAAUAGAAGAGAUUACAUGCAGGUUGCUCUGUUGGUGCGUCACGGCAAUUUGUGUGGGAACUCCCUGAUAGGGUAUCUGAAGGAGAAAGGCCACUCAGAGAUUGCCUUGGAGUUUCUCUCGGAUCGCAAGUCGCGCUUUCUGAUGGCUUUGGAGGUAGGACGCUUGGAGGAAGCCUUCGAGGCUGCGAAAGCACUCAACGAUAAGACUGGAUGGCGCUUGCUGUCGGAUGCCGCGAUGCAAGCAGGGUCCUACGGGCUGGCAGAGGUGUGCUACCAAAAGCUUAAGGCUUUCGAGAAGCUGUCCUUCCUGUAUCUGCUGCUCGGAGAUAGGACGAAGCUUAAAAAGAUGCUGCACGUUUCCAAGCUCUUGCGGCAGCCGCUGCUGCAGCAGCAGCAGGCGCUGCUGCUCGGAGACGCCGGAGAGAGAAUCCAGCUGCUCCUAGAGGCACAACAGCCAGGGCUAGCUUACCUUUGCGCCAAAUCCCACGGUCUUACAGAAAAAGCAGAAGAGCUAAGAGGUUCCGUUGAUGAAAAACAUGCUGACGACUUUCUUCCCAGAACGCCACUCGCUCUAUUUCCGCCGCUUCCCAUCCUCAGGUUCGGACCAGGAGAAAGUGCAACUUGGCAGCCGAUGGCAGCGGACGAACCAGCGCCUUUUGCUGCGGCCUUAAAGGCAGUCGACGCCAUUGAUGCCGAGACGGCAAGACUCAUGCUGCAUCGAGGCCCGACAGAAUCUCCUCCUGCCGUGUCUAGCGGCGUGGGGGGGUGGGGAGAUAGUGGUGGUCAGCUUUGCAGCGAUGAGUUUGCGGAGGAAUUUGCCUCUGUCGGUGCAGCAGCAGAGGGCGAGUGGGAAGACGCCAUUGACAUUGGCAUUGAAGAAGACAGCAGUGCAGCUGCAGCUGCAGGCACAAGCAGCGGGGAACUAGGGGGGAUGAACGGCUGCGGUGGGGAGGAGGCUCCUGGCAUAGACCCCACAACUUUAUGGCGAAAAACGCCGAUCGCGGCAAAUCUUGUCGCUGCAGGGGAUUUUGCGGGAGCAUUGCACCUCCUGCGUCGUCGCCUCGGCCUUCUGCGUGUCGCUCCCUUCGAAGAAAUCUUCCAGCGCGUCUUUGAAGGGUCGUGGAUGUACAUGAAGGGUCACUCCUUUACACCUUCUCUUGCCCUCCCCCUGGCGACAGGGGUGGCAGCGGGAAGAAGCGGCCUUCCCCAGGGAGUCUUAGCGCCUCCACGCGUUGUCAGCUGCAGCUUCAUGGUAACGCUGAUUCGAGAGGCACACAAGCUAGUCACAGGAGGCAAAUUCGCUGAGGCGCUUGCUGCCUUCCGCCAGGCCCUCCUGACGCUGGCGAUCGCUAUGGCCGAAAGUCACGAAGAAGAGCAGCAGCUGCUGGAAAUGCUGGAAAUCUGCCGAAAUUACACUGCGGGCAUGGCCCUCGAAACUGCAAGGCUUGCACUGGGGGAGAAAGAUGCCAAGCGAAACUUGGAGCUUGUCGCCUACUUCAGCUGCUGCCGUCUGCAGCCCUCGCACGCCUUUCUGGUUCUUCGCCGUGCCCUCAGCGUUGCUUGGAAGAGUCAAAAUUACAUCACUGCGGCCUCUUUUGCACGUCGGCUCUUGGCCGGUAAUUAUGCUGGCUUGAAGGGCGCUGAAGAGGAAGUAGCAAAGGCGAAGAAAGUGCUGAUGAUCUGCGAGCAGAAAGGAACGGACGCCAUUCAAAUUAACUAUGAGCCGGCAGAAGCAGAAAAUUUGCUCUUGUGCAACUCCUCCCUGACACGCCUGCCUCCUGGAUCUCCCUUCAUUCGCUGCGGCUUCUGCGGGGGCAUAGCUCGAAGCGAUUUGCAAGGACAGUUGUGCAACGUGUGCCAAGUGGGAGAGCUAGGUGCAAGGGUUGUAGGACUGCAGUUCCUUCCAGUCGUCUAA